AUGUCUACCCCAAUCCUGCUACUCAAAACAAAAUCUACCUCGCACGACGGAUAUGAUGAUUUCUUCUCCGCGCGUAACUACACUCCGUCCUUUAUUCCGGUCCUGGAACACCGCUUCCACACUGUGAAUCUCGCCCGCGUGCGGGGUCUGUUUGCCUCGGGUGCCUUUGGGAAGAGCUCCGACCAGGACCAGACCGAUGGCAACCCCAAUGGCAGUUCCAAUGGCACUGCCAAUGUCAGGUCGUAUGGCGGCUUGAUCUUCACCAGCCAGCGCGCGGUCGAGGGGCUCGCGCAGAUGCUCGAGGCCGAGGGCCUUCCUCCACGCACCCGCUCCCUCCCGUUAAUCCUCUACACCGUCGGCCCCGCCACAGCCCGCGCCCUCGGCACCGUGCGUGACGCCCACUUCCCACACGCCUCCAUCCACGGCGCAGACGCCGGCAACGGCGAGAAUCUGGCGCAUAUGAUCCUGGACCACUACAAUGCCCGCUUCGGAACAUCUGCAGCGGGGCCAGAUAAUGCAAACACAAACACAAGCUCCAGCUCCAGCAGCAAACCAGCCCUCCUCUUCCUUGUCGGCGAACAGCGCCGCGACAUCAUCCCCAAGACUCUCAUGGCCCCGUCCCUGUCCACGCAGGAGCGUGUAGAUGUCGAGGAACUCGUGGUGUACGAGACGGGCGUCGUGGAGUCGUUUGAGCGCGAUUUCCAGAUUGCUGUCAGCGCUGCAAAGGACAGUGCGGCGCCGAUUGUCUGGGUUGUGGUGUUCUCGCCGACGGGGUGUGAUGCUAUGCUCAAGGUUCUGGAGCUGGGAUCUUUUGGGAAUGCCAAUGCUGGGGCUGGGACUGGGACUGGUGCUGGUAAGCGGCGUGUCUUUGUUGCGACUAUCGGUCCGACGACGCGCGAUCACUUGCGCAAUAAAUAUGGGUUCGAGGCCGAUGUGUGUGCGCAGGCGCCGAGUCCGGAGGGGGUGGGCGAGGGGAUUGAGGCGUUUGUGAAGGGGUUGGAGACGGAUUACUAG